AGCAGUGGAGGGCGAACGACCGAGCUCGAAGCUGCGGAGGAACGUACAGAGCAACAGUGUGCCGCGCGCGGCCAUGAAGCGAAGGUUGUUCUGGCAACGAGAGAGGCAGGUAGACGAAAAGUGAGUCGCGCUAGAGGAGGCCGCGUUGAGCCCUGAAGCUUAGGGGGACUUAGAGGAGAGAGAGAGAGAGAGAGAGAGAGAGCGCGCGCGCGCGCGUGAGCUCGCACAGUGUGAUGUUAAUCCUGAACGCGCUACCACGGCGAGUCGCAAAGUCCGUCCGGCUUGACCCGCGGCUGAAGUUUCGAGGGCCCUCCUCUUCGACGGUACCUGCUCCUCGCGCUCGCACUCUCCGUGUGACAGUGACAGUGGGACGACGGUGAGACAUAAACAAACGUCCGGCAAACCUCGUCGGUCGGCGGCGAACUUGCUCCUCGAGCGAGCACUCGCCGAAUCCGAAAGGGGGUGGUUACCCCCCGCGCCGCGGCAGCACGUGAAUGGAAAGAUGGUGAAAUUUAACGCGCCGCCGGUGCCGGAGCGAACGUGAAAAUUGAAUCCAGCAGUGAGUGAACAUCGGAGCGUACUACCGGUUGAAUUUUUCGCGCUACGAGUGGAAGAGAGAGAGGGAGAGGGAGAGGGAGAGGGAGAGAGAGAGAGAGAGAGAGAGAGAGAGAGAGAGUGGGAAAAUGGUACGGUGGUGCACGUGAAAAAUAGCGUCGCGGAAAAAUAACGGGCCGAAAAAGAGUCUCAGGCCGCUGUCGAUGUUCGUGCUGUGAGUGUUGGAAAUUCCGCUAGUGAAUGAUCGCGAGGGAUUUUUUCCCGUGUCCGCGAAUGGGAGCGCGCGAGCGGCGCGACGAAACUCGCUCGAAUUGAACGCGCGCCGGCGGUGAAGGUGUGGAUUUUCCGCGGUGCAGCGGCUGGCUGAAGAAGAGACGCGCGCGGACCGGCGAAUUUCGUCGAUCUCGACACGCGGACGUGAAGAUUCAUCCGGACGGCGUCUCCAGGCGGAUCGUUGCAUUUUCCACGGAGGAAAGAAGAAAGGAAGGAAGGAUGACGCGCCGGUGAGCGGCACGAGAAAGUGCAUUAGAAAAUUCGCCCGACUCCCGAGUGACCCCGUGUCGCAGGCGUCUUUGUCACGCAACACCGUAGCUUUCUUCACGAUAAAGAAAAAAAAAAAAAAACACCGGUAGUGCGCGCAGCACGACGCUGGUUGUCCCUGUCGCAUCUUUUGUGUUUCUCCGUGACUCUCCCGAGGUGUGUAACCCGAGUGUAUGUGCGACCGAUGUGCAGUCGAGAAAUACCAUCGCGAGUGCAGUCGUUGGUCCGAGCCGCAAACCUCCCUCUCUCUCUCUCUCUCUCUCUCGCUCUCUCUCGCUCGAGCACUUUUCUCCUCAUACAUCUUUUCGAAAGAGAUGCAAAAGUGCCGGCGCUUCGCUAGCCGCGAAUCCGUGUCUGCCAGCCAAGUUUACUGACCCCCUUGGCGGGGUUGGCGACUGCCACACUCGCGAGACGAAGGGAGAGACGGCCAGACGGCCUUUUGUGCCGGCUUGAAGAGCGUCUCGCGACACGGUGACGCAAACAGGGUGAGAUUACUUUCCUCGGGGCUGCGUAUGGCUGCCGGUACUUUCCACGACUCGUGCUCUAUCGUCCGCGGGGAUCAGUGCUAAAUCAUCAGCUUUAGAGCGCGCCCGUCGCUUCACGCCGCCGCUUCCGUGGCCGAAGACCGUCGCGGCAGCGACGUGAUCGCGAGUGCGUGGGGUGGAUCGUGGGGCGAAAAAAAUCGUGCCGCGCGAAUCGCCCGUGUGUACGCGACGUGCGCGCACGCGGAAAAAAGCAGGCAAUUGUUUGCGAGUUGGUAGCGAAGACGGAAGGGUCGCAGGCUCCGUCACGCCGGUCGUGAGGGAAAGUGUCGCGCGGAAAAUCGCCCGCGGUGGAAAUGCGCUCGUAGCGAAUCGACGUCGUCGCCGCAGUCGCAGUCGGAUCUGUAAGCACGCUGAGGUGGAGGAUGGAGGAGCUGGAGACGCUGGAGAGCACGGAGUGCCCGGAGUGCCCCGGGCCGCCCCCUGAGUUCCGGUUGCCGCCGCCCCCCCGGCCGCCCUUCCUCACCGAGGGCACCUUCUGCUCGGAAUCACCCCUCGCCGAGCUCGAAGACUGCGUUGCCAUCCCGAUGAUCGACGCCUCUUAUCACACGAAUCCAUCGCUGCAAAGCACUGCCCUGAUCAUCACCUGCGCGGUGGUCCUCCUGCUGAUGGCCGCGAUCGUGUCCGUCGUCUUCUGGAAACACAAGCGGAAAGUGCAAAACUUACUGCCGUGCAAGAGCGCAGCGGGCGCGACGGCGGUCGGCGGGCGAGGUCGCAUGCUACCUGACGGCCAAUCGCACCCUGCCGGCGUCGGCGUCGGCGUCGGCGUCGGCGGCGUCGGCGGCGGCGUCGGCGGCGGCGGUAACGCCGCGGGUGCCGUUCUCUACGAGGACCUGCCGGACGCGAUGUCGCACUCUCAGUUGCACAACCACCUACCGGCGGCGGGCCAUCACGGCGGCCAGGCGCCGACGAUCGAGAUGCUGGACGUCAAGGAGGGCGGCAGAGGGGUGUUCGUCUGCAGCAGCCCUGGUCCUGAUCCUUACACAUCGCAGGACCUCUAUAAUCCUGUCUACGAGGAGCUCAGCAACGGGGACCAUCCGGAGACGGACGAGGAGAGCGAGCUGAACGCCCGCAAUCGUCUGCACCACCACCAUCAUCAUCACCGUCACCAUCACCGGAGCUCCGCGUCGAAGCCGGCGAGCGAGGACGAGUUCGCCGAGGACGAGCUGUCGGUGGGCGAGCCCUCUGAAGCGAGAAUGCUCACCUCGAGCAGCGGCCCUACCUGGGGCACAUGUCCGGCCGGUGGCAGGCCACCGCGCGAGCGACGCGGCAGGAGCCCCAGGAGCCUCGACCGACGCAGGAGAGACAAGAACCACGACGUGGGCGAGUUCCACGAGGGUAUGCUGCUGGACGCGCUGCUCCAACUCUACCCGAGCGUCGCAGGUGUGGCCGGUGCCCGAACGGGCAACAGCACCCAACGCCAACAGUCCGUCCCAUCGGUGGCGCACAGGUUACCGUAUUUCGUGCCGCCGUUGCCGGCCGCGCAGGCCCCGCGGCUCGAGGAGAACCCUUACGAGAGCGUGCCGGUGCUGGGCCCGCUGCAUCGCUACUCCAGCCAGAGCAGGAACAGCAAGGAGCGCUCGCGCAGCAAGUCCGGCGACAAGUACAAGUACCUGUCGUCGCAGCAACAGCAGCAGCAGCAGCAGCAGCAGCAGCAGCAGCAGCAAUACAGCGGUGACUACUACGGCCUCCAGGGCCAAUCCGACGUCACCGCGCCGCUCUACACCCAGGUAGGCGGCGAGUACUCCGACACGUACUCGCAGCCGAACGACCGGCUCUUCGGCGACGACAAGUAUAGCCAACCGGUGUAUUAUUCCAACACCCGGGACUCGGAGAUGAACGCCGGCAGGUUGUACCAGGGUCAGCCCGACAGCAGCUUCGGCAGCGACAGCGGCUACAGCCACCACACCUCCGGCACCACCGGCACCAGCGGCACCCGCGGCAGCAACUCCAGGACGAAUCAUCGCAGGGACAAGCACCGGAACUCUCAUCAUUCGCAUCACUCCGCGGACUAUAUCGUGUCCUAAUGGGACAUCGUCUCCUCGCAUCGAGAUAAAGAGUUUCCUUCGAAACGUGCUCUCGCUGGGAGAGGAGAGGAAAACGGAGAGCAGAGAGUGAGAAGGAGAGGGGGCAGGGCGGCAGGGAGAGAGAAUACAAGAUGUCGAUCGUAUUUCUUAGAGAGGAUUGCAUUUCUUAGAGGUCGAUCGGUUGAUAGGUUGAGAUGAGACGAGUGCGCUCGUUGAUUGAGAAACUCCGAUUUCGCAAGGAGAAACACACCCUCGGCUGUGUUGAACUGUUGUAUUUUGAUACUUCAACGUCCACGGUUAAGAGUCAAUAAAGAUACCUCCUUUGCUUCGGCGAAUCGAGCGAUAGCGGUUGAAUGCGUGCACGCGCACGCGCGUGAGAGCAGGAGAGGAAGAGAGAGAGAGAGAG